UUCACGGUGUUUAGCAAACGAGGACGGGGAUCGCUGAAACGUCGCGGGGUCAGCUGAGUUUAUCGAAUCAAACGAGCGUACGAAACGAACUAAAUAUCAAAUAGAUAUGAAAUGAAAGUGAUAGAAAUUGAAGAAGGGUUAAAUUGCUCGCAAGAGUAAGAGGAGGAUUUCUGCGUAGUGUAACGCGAUCGUGGCUGUCGCGACCGUGCACUUAGAAAACUGCUUAGUUAGUGGAAGCUGAGAGAAUUAGUGAAAGACGCGAAGACCGGCGCGGCGGUGUAGAUGAGAGACAAGGCUCGAAGAGAAACCUUACGACCCACAUGCGCUAUUCGUACGCGGUUACUAAUUAAAAAUCCAUUCAAAAUGUCUUUAUAUCCAACUCUCGAAGAUUUAAAGGUGGAUCACAUGAUGAAGGCUCAACUGCAGGCAGAAGCACAUAUACCACCACAUACUCUAACUAUGCAGAAGAAACAAACUGAUCCAUCUGCUCCUGCUUAUGAUUCUCUUUCUGGACCACUAUAUCCCUCGUUAGGAGAAUAUAUGGGGUUGGAGCUUACGGAAGAUGUGAUAGCACAAAAUAUGCCAGAAUAUUCUAUUGUAAAUCGUGCUAUGACUGUAAGUAUACCAACAGCUUCAGGUCCUUUAGCAGGUAUGAUGGUUGCACCAUUGUCUGGACAAUCUUUAGGAUUACAGAGAGCACAAGUUACAAAUGGUAUAAGAGAGCUAAUACUAUGCAAAGAUAAAAACGGUAAAAUUGGUUUGAGGGUUCAUUCUGUGAAUCAGGGUAUUUUUGUAUGCCUGGUAAGUCAAAAUUCACCUGCUGCACUUGCUGGAUUGCGAUUCGGAGACCAAAUUUUAAGUAUCAACGAAGUUUCCGUUGCCGGUUACGAGAUGGAACAAGUUCAUAAAAUGUUGCGAAAUGCUAAUGUGAACGGUAUUAGGGUAGUAGUAAGGGACAGACCAUUCGAACGCACAAUAACGAUGCACAAAGAUAGUACGGGAUAUAUUGGAUUUCAGUUUAAAAAUGGAAAGAUAACCGCUUUAAUGAAAAAUUCUUCUGCUGCGAGAAACGGACUUUUAACCGAUCAUCAAAUAUUAGAAGUUGAAGGCAAGAAUGUUAUAGGAUUGAAAGAUAAGGAAAUCACCAGCUUGAUUGAAAGUGGUGGAAACAUAAUCACAGUAACGAUUAUUCCGUCGUACAUCUAUGACCAUAUGGUUAAAAAAAUGAAUACCAGUUUAUUGAAAAAUUUGAUGGAUCAUUCUGUGCAAUGAUUCUGUGCACCAGAUGUUUAAAAACAUAAUGUUCGAAAUUUCAGAUUGAUUACAUACUUUAUUAUUUUGAACAUCUACAACGCAAUUUUCUGUAAUUUAUCGAUAGACCAUAGAUCGAUCUACCAUACAUCAACCAGGUAUAGUACCGCGUUUAUAUUCACAGUAUUCGCAAAAAAUUUAAGUAAUAUCUUUGCAAAAGUUGUUUUAUUUUUUUAAGUAAACUUUUAAUAGUAAAGGCAGUUGAGAUUUUUUGCCAUUUUCCACAUGUACAAUAACUAUAUAUA